AUGAAGUGUCAAAUCCUCCUUCUUGCUCUUGCAAUUUAUGUACGCAGCAUCAGUGCUGUCGGCGUCUCCGGCGCCGCAGAAGGAUUCGCAAAGGGUGUUACUGGUGGUGGGAAUACCACCGCUGAACUUGUCUCUUACCUUGGAGACAGCUCCCCUCGGGUGAUUGUGUUGUCGAAAACAUUCGACUUCACUAGUACCGAAGGUACAACGACAGCGACUGGAUGUGCGCCAUGGGGAACCGGUUCGUCGUGUCAGUUGGCAAUCAACCAGAACAGUUGGUGUGACAACUACCAGGCCAGUGCUGCCAAGGUCUCUGUCUCAUAUUAUAAUGCUGGCGUCCUUGGCAUCACAGUGAACUCGGACAAGACCUUAAUUGGAUCUGGUUCUAGCGGUGUGAUCAAGGGCAAGGGGUUACGAAUUGUCAGCGGCGCAAGCAACAUCAUCAUCCAAAAUAUUGCCAUUACCGAUAUCAAUGAAAAGUAUGUCUGGGGAGGUGACGCACUCACCAUCAACAAUGCUGAUAUGGUCUGGAUUGAUCAUGUUACGACCGCGCGCAUUGGCCGUCAGCACCUUGUACUGGGAACCGACGCAUCGAAGCGCGUAACGAUCUCGAACAACUACUUCAACGGUGUUUCCAGCUACUCAGCCACAUGCAACAGCUAUGCCUACUGGGGAAUUUACUUCGCUGGAUCUAGCGAUUUGAUCACCCUGAAAGGCAACUAUAUCUACCACUUCAGUGGCCGCAGCCCCAAAGUCCAGGGAAAUACCCUUCUUCAUGCGGUCAACAAUUACUGGUAUGAUUCCACCGGCCAUGCCUUCGAGAUUGGAUCUGGCGGCUAUGUUCUCGCAGAGGGCAAUGUAUUCCAAAACAUCGCCACUAUUGUUGAUGGUACUGUCGAGGGACAGCUGUUCACCUCGCCGGAUGCCACCACGAACAAAGUCUGCUCGACUUAUUUGGGACACGUGUGCCAGGUUAAUGGAUUUGGAAGUUCAGGAUCUUUCAGCCAGUCAGAUACCAGCUUUUUGGUCAACUUUAGUGGUAAGAAUGUUGCGUCGGCGGAUACAUAUAGCGUGGCCAAGAGCAGUGUUCCUUCGAACGCAGGAGUGGGAAAGCUGUAG